GCAAUAAAAUGGCAGCAACAGCACUUGAGCUAAGCAACAGUGAUAUACAGGGUCUAUGCCAGAGUUAUCUAAACCAAAAUGAGCUUGACGCCAUCUUUGAGAUAGUCAGCUAUCAGCUGCAGCGAACUUCAGAUGCGCCCGCUGGCUUUCUGGGCAGUCAUUUCUAUUUGCAAGUGCUGCUGCAACUGCAGGACAAUGAGCUGAAGACGCUGCUCUUCUUCUGCAAGUCGGCGCCACAGGGCAAUGCCACACGCAUGGAAUAUCUGGAGGACUUUGGCGUGUUCCAAAAGGAAAUUGCCGUCUAUCAGCAUGUGCUGCCGGCGCUACAAGCGGUGGUGGCUGAGGUGGCGCCCAAGUGUUACUAUGCGGAUAAGAAUCUGCUGGUGUUUGAGAAUCUUAUAGAUCAAGACUAUCGCAUGGGCGCCGAGCGCGAUGGCGUGCUCAACUAUGAGCAGCUGCAUUGUUGCCUCAAGACUUUGGCUGCCUUGCAUGCUGGCUCCAUUAUACAGGAUCAGCGUGGUGCCAAGCGCCUGGAGCUGCAGGAGAACUCCUAUCCAUUGAAUGUGCCGCCCGAGCAUUUGCGCAUGGUUAACUUUAAUCAAGCCUGCGAGGUGCUCAAGUGUUUUAUACAAACCAUACCCAAAUAUCAAAGUCGCUUGGAUUAUAUUCUGGCCAACUUUACGCCGCGCAUGAGCAAGAUUUUCGAGCUGGUGCAAACCUCCAAGACGCGUCUCAAUGUUGUCUCGCAUGGCGAUCUCUGGGCCAACAAUAUUCUCUUUCAAUAUGGCAAAUAUGGCGAGACGCCUUUGCAGUGCCGCUUUGUGGAUUUUCAGCUCGCUCGCUACGCUCCUCCGGCCAUGGAUCUGCUCACAGUGCUCUCCAUUCCCACCACCAGUCAAUUUCGUGCUGCUCAUCUGCAUGAACUGCUAGCUGAAUAUUAUCGCUUCAUGUCGGAAUUUCUAAAACGCGCUGAUCUUGAUAUUGCCAACAUUUUACCAGAGGCUGACUUCUACGACUCUGUGAGGGAGUGUCGCAUUGGCGGUCUUAUCGAGAGUUUGCUGUUCUCCCAUCUGGUCAUCUUACCCACAAACUGCACACGUGAGCUUACAAGCUCUGCGGAUGGCUUCAGAGAUUUCUUUAGCCGCAAACGCAUUGAAAUCUGCAUGAAGGCCUUCAAUACAGAUGAGACUUAUCGAAGUCGCUUGCUGGACAUGCUGCAGGAUUUUGUAGACAACUAUGUGCUGCAAUCUUGAGUUAAGAGCGGUAUUUCUACUCAAACAGUUCCUAAUUAAACAUUUAUAAGAGCUGACUAUAAUGUA